UGAUCGAGACAUUUAUAUGCCCCCCAUCACCGAAAAGUUAAAAGAUUUGUCAAAAAAAAAUAUAGACCUACCUGACAUUGAUCAUAAACUUUUUGAAAAAAUGAGCGUUGAUCUAACAAUCAAUUUUAAAGACUUAUAUAAUAUUUUAAAAGAUGACAAAUUUUCAUUGAAUAGAAAUUGCCAUAUUAAACAGGAACUUGAUGACACAGUUAAUUCAGAGCUGGAAUUGUUAGCAAUAAGUGCAUUAGUGCCUCAAAGAAAAUUGUCUCAUUUAACAAUAUCAAAAAUAAUAUUAAUUAUUCAAGAGGUAAUUGAAAAAUAUGGAGAACAAGAUUUUCCUGGAUAUAUAAAACCUGGUUCUAUAAAAGGUUUAUUAAGAAUAACCGGAUAUUCUAUUAAUAUAAAUACUGUGAAUGUUAUAUAUAGACUCUUUAAAAACGCUGAUGGAUUAAUUCAUUUUAAUGACUUUUUCUUGAUUGUAUUGGCUAUCAAAAAUAAUAUUGAAACAUGGAAAUGA